AUGGUGGAGCAGGACAAGGAGGGAGGGGGCUCGGGCUCGGGCUCGAUCCCGUCAUGGCAGCAAGCGGCCUCUAACACUCCCGACCCGGCCCCCGCCACAUUGGAGCAGGCCAGGAUAUUCCUACAGGAUGAAUCAGUGAGGGACUCGAGCAGGGAGAAGAAGGUCGAAUUCCUCAAGUCCAAGGGCUUGGGCGAGGCUAGUAUCAACACCUUGUUGGACGAGUCCGAUGCCCGCGAAACAGCAACAACACCAACAGCACAAACAACAACAGCGACUACCGCCCAUGUACAACACCAGGACACCUCUAAUGCGCUCUCAAACCCAGAAAUCAAGACAGACCAGCCUCCAAUCAUCACCUACCCCGAGUUCCUCACCAAGCCUGCCAAACCCCCUCCGUUGAUCACCGCCUCCGGCCUCCUCAACUCACUCGGCAUAGUCGCCGGCCUCUCCACCUUUGUAUACGGCGCUACAAAGUACCUGGUCAGCCCCAUGGUUGACACCCUGACCGAGGCUCGCGUCGACUUCCACGACAACGCCAACAAGAACCUGUCGCAGCUGGUCGAGAAGCUGGAGCACGCCGUAUCCGAGAUCCCCGAGUCUUACCACGCCGCUGGGAAGAAGGCCGCCCUCGCCACAACCACUCACGCCGGGUACACAGACGCAGCCGACGACGACGACGCCAGCAGCUACGACGACCCGACGGAGCUCUUCCACCGCGACAUCGGCGUGCAGACCUCGCCGCCCCCGACGCCCGGCGGGCUCCCCUACUCCACAGCAGCCGCCGCCGCCGCCGCGGGCGGCUCCGACAAGCACAGCUCCGCCGUCACGACGCAGCAGCACGCCGACAAGAUGGCCAGGCUCAUCACAUCCAUCCGCGACCUCAGCACCGACCUUGCCUCCCAGGCCGAUGGCUUCGGCGAGACCAAGAGCGUCCUGGACGACUUCGGCCGCGACCUGCACACCCUGACGUACCCGCCCGAGUCCUUCGGCGUCGGAAGUGGCUACCUGUACGGCACCGCGCGGAAUGAGCCCGACGACGAGAUCAAGAAGGUCAAGAGCAACAUCAGGAGCGUCAAGGGGGUCCUGCUGAGCACCAGGAGCUUCGCCGCUCCGACAAGGUGA